CUUCCUAUUUUGCAAUCUCUGCUGCCAUCUUGUGAGUGGUCCUUGUACAGCUGAAGAAAGUUAGAAUGACUUGAAAUCAUCAAUGGUAAUUACAGUACGUUCAAUGCACCUCAGAGCUUUCCCUGUGGAAAGUGCCUUCUCCUAAAGUCACCACAGUAAGCCAGCAUGGAGCAUCCUGUUCUGCACAAGGAAGUUCAUGAGAUCAGCUGGGCACGGCAAGGCAAGGUCAGUACUUUGGGGAAAACACAACAGUCACAGCAUCUCAUCAAGGCUUCCUAGAUACCAUCUGUUGUGUCUGUUGCCUUUCCAGGGAGCAUUUUUCUCCUUGGUGCCAAGUUGAGCAACAACUGUGAAAACCUGCCUGUUCGUUGGCUUCCUCUCGCUGAUGCCAUCGAUUUGCCUCGGCAGUGCUGGGCUCUGUGAUUACAUCUCUGCUUCAUUUCCUGCGUAAUUGAUGUGGACAUCCUUCCAUGGCGGGGAGGCACAGAGUGCAUGCAGGCAUGGAGAGCGCGACAGGGUGCAAGAUUUAGGGCUCACCAGAUGCUGUCAAGGAGAGGAAUCGGAGACUACUUUGACAUCCGUGGGCUUCCAGCUACCAGCAGGCUCACCCUGAGAUCCCAGGUGCCCGCUGAGCAAGCUUAUCUCACAUUCCUGGGGCCUGUGUGGGGUUUUUAAACACAACUCCAGAAACUCCUGCCAUGUCUUCAGGAAGUGGAUCUGCUGCACUCAAAAAUGCAAAGUCCUGCAAGAGGCACAAAACUGUGAAGCGCCAUGCUAGCAUCUUCACCUACCAGGAGCCACCCCACAGCAACUCUGAUGAAGAUAACGGUGAUGAAAAAGUCGACAGCAGUGACCCAGAACAAAUUUUCCAGAACAUCCAGUUUCAGAAGGAGAUUAUGGCAAACAUCCGCUGCAGACCGUGGCCGAUGAGACAGAAGCUCAGAGCACUACGACAAGCUAAAGAUAUUGUGUUGAAGUAUGAAGGCCGUCUGACCCGGACAAGAGGCUACCAGGCAGCCGGUGCAGAGCUGUGGCGAAAGUUUGCUCGACUCGUGUAUAACUUUAUGGUCAUCUUUAUUCCCUGGGAAAUGAGAAUAAAGAAAAUAGAAAGUCACUUUGGCUCUGGAGUCGCUUCUUACUUUAUUUUUUUGAGAUGGCUAUUUGGAAUCAACAUUGUCCUCACCAUAAUGACAGGAGCCUUCGUGGUUUUACCAGAGAUCUUGGCUGGAGAUGCAUUCGGAAGUACUCCCAGCAAGACAAUCCCGAAAGAGCAAUAUGCGUCUGCACAAGAUCUGGACACCAUCUGGUCUUUGGGGGGUUAUCUCCAGUACUCGGUUUUAUUCUACGGCUACUAUGGCCAAGCUAGGAAGAUCGGGAAAGCUGGCUAUCGACUGCCCCUUGCUUAUUUCCUGGUCGGGAUGGCCGUCUUUGCCUACAGUUUCAUCAUCCUCUUAAAGAAGAUGGCCAAAAAUUCAAGAAUGAGCCUAGCAAGUGCUUCUGAUGAAAAUUAUACCUUUUGCUGGCGGGUCUUCUGUGCUUGGGAUUACCUCAUUGGCAACCUUGAGGCUGCAGAGAGCAAAUCGGCAGCCAUCGUUAACAGCAUCAGGGAAGCCAUACUGGAAGAGCAGGAAAAGAAGAAGAGCACAAACUUAGCAGUGACAAUAACAUUACGGAUCAUCGCAAACAUCCUCGUCCUCCUCUCGCUUGCGGGAAGCAUAUACAUCAUCUACUUUGUUGUGGAUCGGUCCCAAAAGUUAGAGCGGACAAAGAAGGAGCUGACCCUCUGGGAAAAGAACGAAGUAAGUGUUGUUGUCUCGCUGAUCACAAUGCUCGCACCCUCGGCUUUUGAACUAGUGGCUGCCUUGGAGAUGUACCAUCCCCGGACCACUCUGCGCUUUCAGCUUGCCAGAGUUCUCGUCCUAUACCUGGGAAACCUCUACAGCUUAAUCAUUGCUCUUCUCGACAAAGUGGAUAGCAUGAGCACUGACGUAGAAGCAGCAGAGAACCAGGUGAGGCCCAGAGCCCUCUCCCCUGAUCUCUCUGGAAGAGAUCAUGGAGGAGGAAGGUGGCUGAUGAGAUUGGGGGCUCUGAGCCAUUCUUUGGGGGCAGAAGACUUAGAGAAAGAUGAUGUAAGAUGCCUGUUCCUUAACAUGUUAGGUUCUCAUGAUACCCCACUGCAAUUUCAGAAUGAAGAUCUCAACAAUGGAAGCAAUGCAUUGAUUUCCACCACCAUCUUCCCAACUAAAACCCGCCUGGAAUAUAACUUCUCAACAACCGUUUUCAAUAUGCAAAUGGCACGGAAUGUCACAUUUCCACUGUUGGACAACAAGACGGCGAUUUCUGAAUAUAACGCUCAAAGUCAUCAGAAUCAGUGCUGGGAGACCUACGUUGGCCAAGAGAUGCUGAAGCUGUCGAUCAUCGACAUGCUGUUCACAGUGGCGAGCAUCCUGCUAAUUGACUUCUUCCGGGGGCUCUUUGUCCGAUACUUGAGUGACUGUUGGUGCUGGGAUUUGGAAAGCAAGUUUCCAGAAUAUGGAGAAUUCAAAAUAGCAGAAAAUGUCCUGCAUUUGGUCUACAAUCAAGGGAUGAUUUGGAUGGGAGCCUUCUUUUCGCCUUGCCUACCUGCAUUCAAUGUUCUCAAACUAAUAGGGCUGAUGUACCUUCGCAGCUGGGCAGUGUUAACAUGCAAUGUUCCACAUCAGCAAGUCUUCAGAGCAUCAAGGUCUAAUAACUUCUACCUGGCUAUGUUGCUCUUCAUGCUGUUUCUGUGUAUGCUGCCGACCAUAUUUGCUAUUGCCCGCUAUCAGCCCUCUCCCAACUGUGGACCAUUCAGCGGGCAAGCAAAGAUCUAUGACAUCGUGUUUGAAACCAUUCAGGCUGAUUUUCCGGUCUGGUUCAACAACGCAAUCGCUUACAUGAGCAGCCCUGUCGUCGUCCUCCCGGCUUUGCUACUUUUGUUCAUGCUAAUUUAUUAUCUGCAGAGUAUUGCAAGGUCAUUAAAAUUCACUAACAAUCAACUGAGGAUGCAGAUCCAGAAUGAAAGAAAUGCAGACAAGAAAAAAGUGGUCCAGAUCACAGCAGCCCAAAUCCCAAAUCUAGAAGGAAACGACAAGAGGCUGGAGCCCGAGAGCGACCUCAUCAGCCAGGAGUCUUCAGCUCGGUCCUCGACUCCGAGGAAGAACGGCAGCGUGGUGAAUUUUGAGUCUCCCAAAGGCAGCCGCAUACAGACCAUCUCUCAGUCUGUCCCGCAGCCCGAAAUACCUCCGCCAGCCAGCCCAGCCCCAGCCAACCCUGCCCCAGUGGCUCCGACGCCUGUGGUCCCAGCACCCAUCACACCCACUCCUUCUCUUCCUAGCAUACCGAGGCCAAGAGCUGAACCAGUGGCCAAUAGAUUCCCAAGUAGCGCCCACGGGAGCGCAAGCGAGCUCUGCAAAGCCAAGGCCCACACGCCCAUGAAGUUCAAGAAGCGGGUGGAAGAUGUCCACUCGGAGCCUUUGUUUAGAAAGAGCCUCCGGCAAGCCAAUCCUGACCCCCACGGGCCUCGGGCUCCGGCUUUUGUGGGCCGCCGAGCUCACACGGCCAGGUAUUAUAUUGUCAACGAGCACGAGCCACGGAAAAAGCUCCUCCGCUCAACGAUGCGGCUGCCAAGGAACUUCCGAAUGGAUGAAUCGGGCGAGAUAGUGGAGCUGUACCCACGGAAUGUCCGGAGGUACGUCGUCCGCACACCACACGGGGUGUACUCCCCUCACUUCAGUGAAGAGGAGGAGGAAGAAGAGUUGAGGAGGGGCAUGGCAAACCGAUCUCACCGCCCACGGUCCCUCUCCGACCUCCGAGUGGCGCCCCGUUUCUACAUCGGGGAAUGUGCUGACAGCCAAAUUCUGACCAGCAAGGCCUUGGCAAAAAUGCACUACAAAUCUUGGGAAGACGGCUUUGGGCUAGGAUUCGACAGGCCCCAACAUGCCCACCGCAAGAUUCAUGUGCGGAACAUUGACCUAGAUCAGCGCUACCCAGAACACCAUGUGAAGGCUAAAUCCAAGCCGAAGCCUGAACCGUGCCCAGCUGAGUCUGACUCCAUUUCCAUUGGUUCCAGUAGUGACCAACCAACCAGCGGCAAUGAUCAGUAUAUCCAAGUCAUUCCUAGCAAAGAGAAGUACCUGAAAUCUGGUACGAAAGUAACCAGGAAGAAAUCCAAGACUGGUAUUGACCUCAAUAUGGCGGAGGCUAAUGAACUGAUAUGCUCGAAUGUUUAGGAGAAAUACUGGAUUCUCCGAGGACAGAACCUUGGGUCCCCAGAUAUUGUUGCACUACAAAUCCCAUUAUCCUUGGCCAUCAUGGCCUUUGUGGCUGGGGGUGAUGGGAGUUGUAGUCCCAAGAGGACCCAAGAUUGGAAACCUCUGUUCUGUGGAUGCCCUUCAUGAGUCAGAAACUGCCACAUAUUUCUAUAUUGUUUUUAAAGGCUAAUGCAUCCUACACAGGGAAAACACUGCUUUAGUCCCUGUACUAAGGCAAGUUUCUUUAUCCAAUCAUUUCUGGCUGAAUUAUUUUGCUGUAAAAUUAUAUUGCGCUAGUACCAGUGAGUGCUCUGAAGCAUCCAAGAUAAGCAUACAAGAUCAUGGUGAAGUUAUUCCAUUCUCUUAUUAUUCAUGAUGUAUGUAAAGACCCAUUCGCACAUUAUGUUCAACACUUGUACAACAAGCGUACAGUCCGGGGUGUAGCGAGGGGAGAGGGAGGGGGCCCCUGUUCACCCCUCUCCCUGAUGGACCCUCGAAGUAAGGGAGAUAAUGAAGAAAAGAGGGAGGGGAGGAACUUGGUGGCCCUCAGGAGCUGGGGGGCCCGGGUUCUUUGAACCCAUCCGCUCAGUUAUAGCUACGCCCCUGUGUCCGGUCUACACAGGUACAGAUCUGUACACAGAUCUGGAUGGACAGUAUAUAUUGCAGUUACUGAUUUGUUACAGUACCCAACUCACUGCUGGUAUUCCAUAAAUAUUAAACAGUAGUGGAUGUACAUGGUUGA